ACACAGAGGCAGCAAGGGAGGGGCUUUGCUACCCGACAUAAUUACAAUAUAGAGCGGUGAACUAUCCGUAGACUUACCACAGCAGAGAUUUAUCUGUUCCCUUGACUGUGCUCAGAUACCCCUACAUAUCUGUCCUCGGCGUGGAGGGAGAGAGAGAGAGAGAGCGAGAGAGAGAGGGGUGGGGGAAGAGGAAAGCGCAUGUUUUUAAUGGCAUUUUAUAAGUCUCCGCGGCGUUCUCCGGCUGCAAGAGGAGAGGAGACGAGGAGCUAAAAGCUAGCUCGCUAACAAGAGCUGGCUAUCAUGGCAGUCUAACAGGUUGCCACAGACCUCUUCAUGGAUCACAGAAGAAAACAAAGAGAAAUCACUGCAUCUGUGAGCAAAGCCAAUAACUAGGGGGUCUGAGCCACAAGCACAUCAUCAGACUGACUUCAGUGCAUGCGGCCUCUUAAGUUGUUCACAGUCAUCUGUUGGGCAGCCCAAAGGCCUCUUGCUAUGCACUAUAAAAGGAGAGACAUGAGCUGCGGCAAUGCUGGGAGGAGCAGGCUACUAUCAUGCAGGACUAUCCCACUGGUAAUAUGGCUUCUGGUUACCAUAGCCCAGGGGUCUGUUCCAGAACAGCAAGAGACAAUGAUGGAGAUGAUAUCUGUGGAACUAGAGGCUUCUAUGAAGUCCUCUGUGCUCUCUGAGCUUCAGGCUGCAGCAUCUUCGGUUGGUGAAGGUCCGCCAUCAGCUUCCCCUGAUUCCUCUGUAAAGAACGGGGGAGUACACACUGGCAUCCCUGACUCCUCUGCAAUCGUGGGACAGGUUUUUCAGUUAAAGGUUCCUGCAGGGCCUGCAAAUGCCACUUGUAAUGUCCAUCUCACCGAGAUGGGAAAGGAGACUUUACCCUCCUGGCUAUAUUGGGACAAAGAAAGUUGCAUUCUGAGAGGCAUGGCCCUGGAGCAGGAUAAAGGUGUAUAUCAUAUCAUGGUGUCUGGAGAAAACCUAAUUGAGGAGACUGCAGGCCAAGUGUUCCCCAGCACGGUCUUCUCCAUUGAAGUAUACCCAGAAGAACGUGCCGAUACUGAGCCAGCCCUGCUCACUCUACAGUCUGAUACAAGUGGCAUCCAGCCUUUCACCUGUGGCUCUGAGGAGCCUGUCACUGUUCUCACUGUCAUCUUGGAUGCUGACCUGACAAAAAUGGUUGCUGAGCAGAGGGUUAACUUACUUGGCAUUAUGAGAAAGUUUUCACAUGUACCCCUGGAACACAUGAGGGUGGUCCCUGUUGUCAACAACCGCUUAUUUGACAUGUCUGCUUUCAUGGCUGGACCAGGCAAUGCCAAGAAGGUAGUGGAGAAUGGGGCCCUACUCUCAUGGAAACUUGGCUGUGCUCUUGAUCAGGGCAAUAUCCCUGACAUUAGCAGUGUCCAAUCCUCAGCAAAGGAUGGGACCAUGUCAGCAAGGCUGGGAUAUCCAGUGGUCGGCUGGCACAUUGUCAACAAAAAACCACAUGGAGUGAAACGUGUCAGACGGCAGUUGUACAACACCCCUACUCCAGUGCCCUCCCUGCUGCCUCCAACAACUCACCCAGAGCCCCCUGUACGUGUUGUGCCCACCCCAACUUCGCCCUCUAUUGCCAUAGCAACAGAGAGCUCUGUUCCCCCCGUACGAGGUCCUUUGCCUCUUCCAGUGAAGCCAACUAUGAGGGUCAGAGAUCAGAUAGCACACACACCUGUGUUUGGACCUCCCCAACCAACAAGAGUUUUAGGAACCACGAGCACCAUCCCAAUUCAGCCUACCAUGACCCGGCCUACAAUCGUGGAGGCUACUGCUUUGCCGACACCACCAAGCACCACCAAAAGACCCAAACCCUCUGCCACAAGGAAACCCAAGAAGCCCAAAUCCUCCACCCCUGCUCCAAGAGAACCGAAGUCCACUACAGCUAAACCGCCAAGGCGCACCACUACUCUGUCAAUGACUCCUGACUUAAAUCAAAACCCAGAUAUCCGCAACCCCAUUGAUCAGGUGAAUGCAUGGGUUGGCACUUACUUUGAGGUCAAAAUUCCUCCCGAUACGUUCUUUGACAUGGAGGACGGUACCACUGAUAAGCUGCGUUUGACUCUGAAGAAGACCCCCAAAGAAGCAGUGAGUGAAACAUCCUGGAUCCAAUUCAACAGCACUAUCCAGCUAUUGUAUGGCCUCCCUGAGGAGCAGCAUGAGGGGAAACAUGAGUACUUCAUGUUAGCAACUGAUAAGGGUGGGAAGAGCAUCAUGGAUGCGUUUGAGGUUCAAGUAAACCGUUGGUCAUCCAAUGACAAACCCUCAGUUGUGUUUGCUGCUCGUUUCCAUGGUGACCCAAGUACUUUAAGCAAUGAUGUACAUAAGAAGAUUCUUUUGACUAAAAGGUUGGCUUAUGCCCUUGGUGAUCGCAACACUAGCACAGUAACACUGAGGAGCAUCAAGAGUGGCUCCAUUGUGGUGGAAUGGACCAACAACAGCCUCCAGCAGAGUCCUUGUCCAAAGGAGCAGAUCACAGUUCUAAGUAAUAGAAUCUCUGAUCACCAAGGGACACCUAAACUGGCUUUCAUCAAAGCCAUGGAGCCUGAUUUCAAACCCAUAAACAUCUCUGUUCGUGGCACCAAUAAAUGUCAGAGUUACACAUUCAUCCCACCAGGAGAGGUACCAAGCCCCGUUCUUCCUACAGCUUCACCGUCACCUGGAACAGGUCGUAGGAGCACUGACGAUGUUUACCUACACACUGUCAUUCCUGCUGUAGUGGUAGCAGCCCUGCUCCUCAUUGCCGGGAUCAUCGCUAUGGUCUGCUACCGCAAGAAGCGCAAAGGGAAAAUGACCAUAGAGGAGCAAGCCACUUUCAUCAAGAAAGGCGUUCCAAUUAUCUUUGCAGAUGAGCUAGAUGAUUCCAAGUCGCCCCCGUCCUCCAGCAUACCUCUUAUUCUUCAGGAGGAGAAGCCCCCACUCCCCCCUCCAGAGUACCCUAACAUGGCGGGCCCCCACAGCACCCUGCUGAACCAGGAUCUGCUUGAGGAGUAUUCUGUUUAUCAGGAUGAUGAUCCUAAUGCCCCUCCUUACCAGCCCCCACCACCAUUUACUGUCCCGAUAGAGGGUAAAGGAUCUCGCCCCAAGAACAUGACCUCAUACAGGUCACCACCUCCCUACGUGCCUCCCUAACGCACACUACAGCUUUCAGUUUGGAAAGCAGGUGCAAUGUAGGGAUGUUCUUGUUAAAAACUACAACAUGAGUAAUUUUACAUGUGUUCAAUGAAAUGGCUUGGACUUUGUAGAGGAGCAGGCAACCAUACCCAUAUAUUUGACCAUCAAGGAUAAGACACUAUAAUGUACAAUUCUACUACUGGCACAGGGCAAAUGGAUCGGGAACAGUUUAUAAUUCCUGCCCUUAUGUUUUUUUUUUCUCCUUCAGAUCUGCUUUUGACUUCUUGCAUAUUCUUUUCUGUCUGUUUUUGCCAAGAAGAGUCAAUUUUAACUUCAAUGACGUACUAUUUCUAUUGUAUAGAAAAUAAUAAAGAAGCAGGAAAGACUGAAGCCCACAGGGCCUUUGAACAGAUGUCACCAUGACAACAGACUUGAGGCUCUUCCUCACAAUGUUAAUCUUUAUGAGUUCGAUAUCACUCUGAUCUGUCCUUCGGCUAGGUUUACUAAGAUUUUGCACCUGUUAUUUCUAGAGGGAAUGAAAUACAAAAUGCCAAACUUGAAAGCAUGAAACACUUUUAUUUACACAAAAAUCUGUUUGUUUUAGUCAACUUUGAUCUCUCCCUGCUCCCUUCUAUGCUUUUCUCCCUCUUGACAAUAACAUGCAACCCUUGCACAUAUGCAAAUUCUUGUUAAACCUUGCACUACGUGUCUUGCGCAGAUUUGAACGCAGUAAGUGGUAGUUCAGUAAGGAGAAGAAAAAUGUCUUUUUUUGUAUCCUUCAGCUAACCACAUGACUGAGAUUCCUCUGGUACUUGAUCAUUAAGGACACUACACUGAUCACGCCUGUUGUAGAUGUAGCCUCAUUCAAAUCAAACAAGUAAUGAUUUUAUUUUCUUAAUGUGUGUGCCACUGAACCUGCCUGUGAGACGGAUGGUUUUUACUGUUGCCAAGGUGAUGUCUGUGGUCACAAGGCAAACCUUGUGCGGUUGCUACAACAAUAUUGUUGGAGCCAGUGGAAUGCUGUGAUUCACAGCGGGGUGAAAAUUAGUGGAUCCACUGUCUUAUUUUAGGUUGGUUUUGGUAGUCUGAGGGGUGGGUGGGCUUAGAGUACUGUAUUAUCACUGCUCUGCCUCUAGGUGUUGCACUGUUAUGUUUGGUGCACUUCCUGUUGUCAGUUCAGAUGAGGCAUGGGGACAUGGGGAUGUACAUAAUUGUGUGCCUGUGAAAUUAAACAACUCCAUAAUGUUAGUGUUUUAUCAGUAAACCUAGUCGGGGAAAGGGGGGGCAGAGUGGGAAAUACUUUUAUUUUUUAAUUGUAUGUCUAGAUUUAUGAUCACAAUCAUGAGAAAAAAUACUUUAUAGUUUGUGGGGGAACAAAAGAACGUUAACCUGCACAUCACAACAAAAAUAAUGCAUUAUCUGAAUAUGAUGGGGAAACCACAACAUGUGAAUUAUGUACAUUUCAUAUCGGAUAUCACAAUAAGAAAAAAAAAGGUUAAAAAUCUAAUGUUUUUACUGAGUUUUUGAUACAGUCUUAAACUUGUUUUAUGAAAAUAUAUUAAUAAAAUGUAAUACUAUUUGUAAAGCCUCAAAAA